GGUAAAGGUGGUAAAGGUCUCGGAAAGGGUGGUGCCAAGCGUCACAGAAAGAUUCUUCGUGAUAACAUUCAAGGUAUUACCAAGCCUGCUAUUCGUCGUCUCGCUCGUCGUGGUGGUGUUAAGCGUAUCUCUGGUCUCAUCUAUGAAGAAACCCGUGGUGUCCUCAAGGUCUUCCUUGAAAAUGUCAUUCGUGAUGCCGUCACUUACACUGAACACGCCAAGAGAAAGACUGUUACCUCUUUGGAUGUUGUCUAUGCUUUGAAGAGACAAGGCCGUACCCUCUAUGGUUUCGGUGGUUAA